AUCGACGCCAAGCAGUGUCACUGUUUACCGCGUAAUCAAUUAAUAUUACUGUCACAAUUCAUAUUACCUAUAUCAUUUAUGUGCUUGUGCUUGUGACGAUUCACAGUGAACAGUGGUAAUCAACCGGCAGCUGAACGACUUCUAACCGGAUUGGGCCAGUUCGAAUUAGCCGGUCUGUCGAGUAUGGGCGAUGGCUGGUGAUCUAGCGGUGGUAGCGCUGCUGGCGCUGGUCGCAACGGUCACCUCGCGCGCGCCUACCACCGACCCGCUACUGUUCGAGGCGGCUUUUCAAGGAAGGUGUGGUGAAGGCAGUCCGUGCGAACAGCUGUGCAGAGAACUUCAUGACGGGACGUAUGAGUGCGGCUGCGGGCCAGGGUUUGUGCUGCAUGUAGAUGGCUAUGGCUGUGUCGAACUGAAUUCAACGAAGGCAACGGAGAGCUCAUCCGACAAGCAAGAAGAUGUGCUUUACCAGAAAGACGUUUCUUUCUCGGCUGAACUAGAAAUAGCCCCGUCCAAUAGAUUUAAUAAGAAUAAUGUAAGCGAAAUACAUAUCGAUCAAAGACUAGCAACACUCCCCACUAUCCUUCAGACCAAACGAAAUUACACGUAUACGGGAGAGAUUUACAAAGAAGUUGACGGUUUAAACAGUCUCAUAGAGGACGGAGUUAGCGAAAUAGAUUUAAACAUCAUAGCUGAGAGAGACAAUGUGUUCGCUGAUAGGAGAGAUAAGGUUACUACCUUGGGACCCAGCUUGGAACAAAAGGUGCCAGGCGGUACUUCCUCGCCUUCCAGAACAACAGCAGUUGAGAGCUGCAGUUGCGAUUGUACUGAGAUAAAAUGCGUCUGCCCUGGGAAAUGUAAGCCAGCUACGCAAAUAGCGACGCCACGUUUUUCGGGUUCGUCAUGGCUAGCGCUCCGUGCUUUAAGGGGCGCUUACAAAAGGGUGCGAUUAAGAAUGAGGGUGCGGCCAGAACGCACCCGUGGAGUGUUAUUGCUGACGGGUGAACACGACGAUCUAUCAGGGGAUUACCUGGCGUUGAUACUAAGGAAUGGACAUGUUGAAUUAAGAUUCGAUUGUGGUAGCGGCGCAGGUGUGCUGCGGUCUCCUGAACCAGUUCAUCUUGGUAGAUGGAACACCAUAUCUGUUUAUCGACACAGAUGGGACGCCUGGCUCAAACUGAAUAAUGGGAAACGAGUGCGCGGGAGAUCGAAAGGCCUCUUCUCGCGGAUGACCUUCCGGGAGCCUGUGUGGGUCGGAGGUGCUGGUAACACUACUGGUUUGCAGAACAAGCUCGGCCUCUCCGAAGGAUUGCUCGGCUGCGUCGACUUCUUGAGAAUUAACGGUGACAGUUACCGUUUAGUGAAAGAUGCUGUCUCCACACUUGAUAUCGCUGAAUGUGCACCAACCCUCGCUCCGUGGAGACCGAGCGAAGUGACCAGUGAAAUACCAAGGAGACCUAAAACCGAAUCACAUAUAUAUGACAUUAACGAUAUAGUACACUUUGAGGACAACGACAUAGUUAUGAGAGACGCCAAGGACCACAAUAAACUGGACAAUUCCAUACAUUACAACGUUAAAAUGUUCAAUGACAAAUACGACUUGAUUGAUGAUAAGAAACUCAAUGACAUUGAUAAUGAACUGAGUGUUCAGGACUGUAAAUGUGAGCAUGGGGGAGGUUGUGUGGAACAUGGCUGUCUCUGUCCUCUUGGAUAUGCGGGAGAGAGAUGCGAAAUCACUUUGGACCUAAAGGUGCCACGCUUCAACGGUUCGUCGUACUUACGAUUGCCCGGUCUGGGAAACACAGCGCAAUCUUGGCUGGAUAUUCGGAUAACCGUAAAACCGACUAGCGGUGAUGGGCUUCUGUUGUAUGACGCGGAACACCCCAGCGGCGAUGGCGACUUCUUCUCCCUUCAUCUUCGUGAUUUUUUCGUCGAAUUCGCCUUCGAUCUUGGAUCUGGGAUCGCUCUUGUGAGAUCCGCCUACCCGCUGUCACCAAACAAGUGGCAUAGCAUAUCAAUAAGCCGUACGGGUCGUCACGCGUCGAUCCGCGUUAGAUCUUACGACACGAGCGACGUGACGGAUACGACGCGAUCGGUGACGUCACGCGGCGCCGCGAGGAGACUCACCCUCACCCAGCCGAUGUUGCUAGGAGGCGCGCCCUACCCGUUGCCACAGAGACUCGCCUUGAAAACCUCCUUCAGUGGCUGCGUGGGCAAGUUGGUGAUCAACGAGGAGGAAUUGUCUGUAGUUUCCGCUGCUCUCGGCGGCGUUGAUGUCGACAACUGUGACGCGCCUCACAACACGUGCACGGACUGCAAAGAGACGUUAUACCAAACACCAGAAUACCCACGCGAGGUAUCAGCCAUCCACCACUCUAUAGUCGCGAAAAAAGGAUUCAAAAUCAAAAAUCACAAAACCAAAACUAAAAAACAUCACGAGAAAAAGAAAUAUCCUAAGAAGUACGUACAAAAUGGCGUGCAUAUGCAGAACGAUAUAGACAAGGGUGUUACGGAACAGCCUUACGACGGACGGACAUACAUGCAAGUGAAAUACCUAGACUCCAACGAGAUCAACUGGGGGGACACGAACACCUACCCGAGUUUCACGGGAACUGAUAGCUUUAUACAUAUAGAUGACGAAGAGACUAUGAAAAGGUUGCUGAGCUACACCCUGGACAUCAACAUCCGUUUCCGUUCCGUGUCCUCCAACGGUCUGUUAGUGUGGAGCGGUCGGGUCACACACACGCACACAGAGAACAAUAUGAACACGAACACACACACAAGCGACUUCCUUUCAUUGGCUGUGGAAAACUCCGUGCUUGUAUUCAGAUACGAUCUCGGCAGCGGCGAGGUGGUCAUUAUAGCGAACCACACGAAAGUGGACGACGGUCUGUGGCACAGAGCGAGAGCAACCAGGAACAGACAAGCAGGUGUUCUGGAAGUAGACGGCUUGGGGUCUGUUGGGAAAAUAUCACCUGGAAAACUGAAACAACUGAACACCGAGAACGGACUUUAUAUCGGUGGUCUGCCGUCGAUAGAAAUGAACGCGAUGGGGAAAUACAAGAGCGGUCUCAUAGGAUGCGUGUCUCAGAUAUCACUGAGCGGCGACUUCGACAUACCACUCACACUGUCGAAACUACCACACACAAUAACCAACAACGUCGGCAGAUGCACGCCAUAAAUAAAUGAACUGCAAUUCAUUUACAUUCAUUAUAAAUAAAUAAAUAAUAAAAUGUUUUCAUUUAAACCAAAUAAAUUGUGUUAUUAAGUCUGAAUAAAGAAAAUUAUUUAACGACACGACAUAUCAAUAUAAUUCGGAGGCAAUAAAAUGAAUUCGUUCAUAUAUGGUCUCGUCAGUUGAAUUUUAUAUGAGAACUAUUUAGUCAAUUUAGAUAAAAAAAAAUAAAAAAAAAAUUCAAAUAUGGAACAUUUAUCUUUCCAUACAAUCGUCGUGGUUUAAUUCACUCCACCUGUAUGAGAACUCUUCAAAGUGCUUUACUAUCUAGAUAUGAAAUAUUACUAACGUUAUUAUAAAAUUAAUGUAUAUUAGUGUAACAAAGCACGCGUAUCGUUUUAAUCUAAAAAAAAAAAAUUUUUUUUUUUUCAUUUCACCGAGAGUGUUACGAUAGUUUUCAUGUUAGUUUAAGACUAGCGUUUGUAUAACUGGAUUUUAAUAUGAAAGUUUUAGAAGAAUGUACGUAGAAAUAAAUAUAGCAUACUAUUGAGCUUCUAUUGUAAGUGUUACGUGUAUAUUUUGCAGGAUUUCGCGUGGCUUUAUUUAACGACAGCACUAUAUACAUAGACGGAAAUAUAUCUCGUAGAAUUAAUUCAAAACGCGCUUUGUAUGUAACUGACUGUAUCUCGAAACGAAUGAUAUGGUAAAUUCUAAUCGUAUCUAACAUUUAAAUAUCGACUUAUCAUUGAAUUAAUGACAGCGUCCUGACCAAAGAACAAUAAAAUUUAGUAAAUAAUUCUCGUUAAUUUAUAUUGUAUAUUUCCUAAGUCUUCCCUCGAGGGAUUUCUUUUCACCAAUAAUUUCUGUCAAUUAUAUACUUCACAGGGUUAUUAAAAUUAUUUAUAUACAUGUUCAUUGCGGUCUCCUUCAAUAACCUUCAUUCGUUCUUAUUCAUUCACUUAAUAUUUUUUUUCCAUUCAUACAUUCAUUCUUCGUACGUCACAUAACAUUAAUGAAUUUAAAUGUAACGUUCCGUACAUUCUUUUAAUGAAUACAAAUUAAUUCUUCUGUGAAAUUAAAUGUACGUAAUACUCCUUUCAGAACGAGUCGAAUAUGUCAAGAAAAUGUUUACAAUUUUUAUCACGUUUGAUUAGAUUGUGUAUAAAUUAUUUUUGUGUAGAUCUUGUGACAUAAUAGCUUGACUAGAAUUAGUUUUGUAUGUGAGACCUGUCCGAUGUAUUAUACGCCGUUAUUUGUACAAAAAUUAUAUCAAUUAAAUAUAUAUAUAAUGUG